AUUUCUGCCUUAAAGAGUUGAUCUUUAGUUUGAAGUCAGGAAACCCUUUUUGCCUCGCCUGCCUUGUGACUGGGGAAUUUGUUCUCAGAGAGAGAUGAUGACUCCAUCUGUGGUCUUUGUCUUGUUGGCUGUUCUAGGACAGACCAGCGGCCAAGUUGCACCUAAUAUCGCUAGAGGCGGAAACGCAAUUCAGUCCUCCGUGCUUAAGGAUGGCGUCCCUGAAAGGGCCAUUGAUGGAAAUCGUGCUAGCAACUGGGCACAGAGAUCCUGUAUCCACACUAACAUUGAAUUAAAACCAUGGUGGAGACUAGACCUCCUGAACACAUAUCAGAUCAACAGUGUCACCAUCACCAACAGAGGAGAUUGUUGCCCCGAAAGAAUCAAUGGUGCUGAGAUCCGCAUUGGAGAUUCCCUCAAUGACAAUGGCAACGGUAACCCCAGAUGUGCUGUUAUCUCGUCUAUCACAGCUGGGACCUCCCAAACCUUUGUGUGUAAUGGAAUGAAAGGUCGUUAUGUAAACAUUGUGAUUCCUGGUAGACAACAGUACCUGACACUGUGCGAGGUGGAAGUCAAUGGUCAGCCUAAAGAUCCUAAUAUUGCUAGAGGCGGAAAUGCAACUCAGUCCUCCGUGCUUAAGAAUGGCAUCCCUGAAAGGGCUAUUGAUGGAAAUCGUGCUAGCAACUGGGCACAGGGAUCCUGUAUCCACACUAACAUUGAUUUAAAACCAUGGUGGAGACUGGACCUCCUGAACAAAUAUCACAUCAACAGUGUCACCAUCACCAACAGAGGAGAUUGUUGCCCAGAAAGAAUCAAUGGUGCUGAGAUCCGCAUUGGAGAUUCCCUCAAUGACAAUGGCAACGGUAACCCCAGAUGUGCUGUUAUCUCGUCUAUCACAGCUGGGACCUCCCAAACCUUUGUGUGUAAUGGAAUGAAAGGUCGUUAUGUAAACAUUGUGAUUCCUGGUAGACAACAGUACCUGACACUGUGCGAGGUGGAAGUCAAUGGUCAGCCUAAAGAUCCUAAUAUUGCUAGAGGCGGAAAUGCAACUCAGUCCUCCGUGCUUAAGAAUGGCAUCCCUGAAAGGGCCAUUGAUGGAAAUCGUGCUAGCAACUGGGCACAGGGAUCCUGUAUCCACACUAACAUUGAUUUAAAACCAUGGUGGAGACUGGACCUCCUGAACAAAUAUCACAUCAACAGUGUCACCAUCACCAACAGAGGAGAUUGUUGCCCGGAAAGAAUCAAUGGUGCUGAGAUACGCAUUGGAGAUUCCCUCAAUGACAAUGGCAACGGUAAUCCCAGAUGUGCUGUUAUCUCGUCUAUCACAGCUGGGACCUCCCAAACCUUUGUGUGUAAUGGAAUGGAAGGUCGUUAUGUAAACAUCGUGAUUCCUGGAAGACAACAGUAUCUGACACUGUGCGAGGUGGAAGUCAAUGGGAAACUAAUCUGAUUCUAAAACAAUUUUGUCAGUUCAUGUCCACUUAUUUUUAACGCUGGUAUAUGCAAGUUAGCGUAUUCGAUGUGUUCUGGCUUUGCAAACAUAGCAUAUUUUAAGUAAAACACUUGGCAUUGUCAUAUGGUCUAAAAUCAUCUGGCCAAAGGACUACAGUUGAAAAUUAGCCGGCUGGCUAACACUGGCACAUUUACAGAAAUGUUCAUUAAUGUGUGUUGUCCUUUAUAAAAUAAAGAAUAAGAAAAUCACAAGGUCAGACAAUCACAUGCUGAAGCUUUUAUGUAGAACUGACACAGAUGUUUGUAUAAUGCAUUAGUUAACAUAAGAAUAGGGUUAUAGAGGUUAUUGUUCAAAUUUAGACAGCGAGCAAAAGAGAUGGCUUCAGGAGAUACAGCUCUGUUAACUGAUCAUACCUACUAUUCUGUGCCAUGAAAGUGACAAGAGAUGCAUAAUUUAACAGAGCUG